AUGUCUGGUACCACGGCCACUACACGUACAAGAAAGUUUAUGAUAAAUUGUCUGCUAUGCCGCAACCAAAUAGUCUGCGAUGUCAUUUAUUCGGGCCUUUCAUCUGUGAGCACAACUGAAAUUCGUGAAAAGUUAGCAGCCAUGUAUAAGGUAACGCCGGAUGUUUGCUUCGUUUUCGGAUUUCGUACCAAUUUUGGUGGCGGACGCUCAACUGGAUUUGCCUUAAUCUGUGAUACUUUGGAUUUCGCUAAGAAAUUUGAACCGAAAUAUCGUUUGGCCCGGCAUGGGUUAUUAGAAAUUAAAAAACAGACUCGUAAACAGCGCAAAGAACGUAAAAACAGAAUGAAGAAGGUGCGUGGUACCGCUAAAGCGAAGAUUGGUCGAAGCGCCAAGAAAUAAAUA